GCCGUGCCCCGCCGCCGGACCAUGGUCGGGGAUCACUGUAGCCUCCCCGGCGAACGGCCCGUCCGAGCCCCGAGCCCUAAGGCCGGGCUGAGCUGCAAGAUGGUCCUGCAGGCGGUGGGCAAGGUGCUGCGGUAAGGAGAGGGCUGGGGAGAGCCGGGGCUGGGGGCCCGGGGGGCCGGAAGCCCGUCCUGCUGCUUCCCCGUGGCUCAGGGCUGGCCGGGGAAUGCAGCGCCGCGACCCCAGGGAGCCUCGUCCCUGCCCCGGCUUGAUUUUGGUCGUCCCCGUUCCCUGCUGCUAAAUGUUUGUCAGCAGGAGCACUAGCCCUUCCCUGGGGCUCGCAGCUCUCCUUGCCCCAAAAGAGUAGGGGAGCCGGUUAUUGAGGCCGAGAGGAGGAGGGCACCAUCCUCAUCUCAAGGCGGCUGGGCGAGAGCCGCUCGGAGCUGCUCCUGACGUAACUCGCGCUUCUUUCCCUGUAGAAAACAUCACUUUAAGGAAUUCAGGUUUCUUUAUCAGCUUUUUAACGAGUUUAAACAUCCCUCCUUUCUGUAUUUUUUUUUGGGGGGGGUGGCACCAUUCAAUACAGUGUUACGCAGCUGGCCAUAUCAUAAAACCCCUGGCCAGCAGCUUGCUAUUCAUGCCGUGAACCUUUUGAAGUUUUGGUAGCUGCUCUGCUGGCAUCGCUCCCAGAUGUAAAUAGAUGGGUGCCUCUGCAGGGAAGUGGUGCCAAACCUUUUGUUCAGCAUCCAUGGCCGUCUAUCUGAAGUCCAAGGGAAAGCCAAACGGUAAAAAGCCAGCACCGGAAGAGAAGAAGCUUUACUUAGAGCCAGAAUACACAAAAUCCAGAAUUACUGACUUCGAAUUUAAGGAGCUAGUGAUGUUACCACGAGAAAUAGACCUCAACGAGUGGCUAGCCAGCAACACAACAACUUUCUUUCAUCACAUCAACUUACAAUAUAGUACAAUCUCAGAAUUCUGUACAGGAGAGUCGUGUCAGACCAUGGCAGUGUGCAAUACACAGUACUACUGGUAUGAUGAGCGGGGAAAGAAGAUCAAGUGCACUGCUCCUCAGUAUGUUGACUUCGUCAUGAGUUCUGUGCAGAAACUAGUGACAGACGAGGACGUCUUUCCAACAAAAUACGGCAAGGAAUUCCCAAACUCGUUUGAGUCCUUAGUGAAGAAGAUCUGCAAGUACCUGUUCCAUGUGCUGGCCCAUAUUUACUCCUCACACUUUAAGGAGACUUUGGCACUGGAGCUGCACGGACAUUUAAACACGCUCUACACACACUUUAUCCUAUUCAUCAGGGAGUUCAACCUGGUGGACCCUAAAGAGACCACCAUCAUGGACGACCUCACAGAGGUCCUCUGCAGCAGCAGUGGGAGCAGCAGUAACGGGAGCGGCAACGGGAGCAGCAACAGCGCAGGAGCACAGAACCACGUGAAAGAGAGAUGAGCCCUCCUACAGGAUCUAAACUAACAUUAAAAACAAUAUUAUAUAUUAUGUGUGUAUGUGUAUGUAUAUGUUCAGAUAUACAUACAGACAUAUACAGCAGUGAAAGCUGAAAGAAAUUAUGCUGCCACCACAGGACGUGUAGUCAUAUGGGACUGUAUGGAGCUUUGGUUUAAUGCGCCACCUGGCGAGAAGUUGCACCAAUUUUAUUUUAUUUUCUGUCCACUCCUCCUUUUACCUAUUCAGAUGGAUGAUGAGUGCUGUUUUUAGAGAAGAGCCAAGCUUGAGAGUGGGGCCACUCUUGGCUUUUUUUGUUUUGUUUUGGUUGUUUUGGUUUUUCUUUCUUUGGUCUUGAGUGCAAGCCCUUUGUCUUUCUAGGAUGGUGGUCCUGCCAUUUUAAAAUUAUCUAUUAUAUUAUAAGAAGUGACUUUUACUUUGAAGUGGCUUAAAAUGCAGAUUUGUUUGUUUGGUUUUUUUUGGGAGGGGGGUGGGGUGGGGUGGUUUUUUGUUUGGUUUUCCAUAGACUGCCCCUUACCCCCUGCCAAAAACUCCCCCAUUGAGUGCAUCUUGCCCUUUGCUAGCUUGGAAUGGGAAGCAACUCCUGGCUUGACUAGAGUAGCAACUAGGGGCUUGCUACGUGCUGAGAGUGGGCAUGAUUCUCCAGUUGUCCCAUCUACCUGGUCACAACGUGUGAACAUGCAAGGGAUCCACAAGCCUUUCUGCUUAUCGCUCCUACAAAAUAUAUGCUCUCUUCUCUGCUCCCCCCCACCUCCUCUUUUCCCAGGCACAUCUCUAUCAAUAAAAAGCGUGAGAUCACUGGAGUCUAAAACUUACCAUGUGAAGAGCCACCACCAUUUGCUUCCUGUUGAAUGGAGGCCCGGGGAGGGAGGAGAAGGGUAUAUUGAGUCCGUCACCGCCUGUGCUAGAAAGAUGGCUGUUGGCAUAAAAUUAUAUUGUUGGCUUAUUUUAGUUCAUCUGUUCUAUAAUAAUAAAAACAAAUCUAUCAGUCAUAA